GAAGCGCAGCUCACGCUGGAGGAGAACUCCGCGUUGAACAAACUCCAGACCACAUUGCAAUCCAAGAUAAAAGAGUUGGAGUCUGCGUUGUAUGAUAGCAACCAGAACGAGUUCUGGGAGAGCCAGGUGGCAGAGUUGGAGAAGCGUUUGCGGGAGGUAUCGGGUGACAAACACGACGAGACCAAGAAGAACCAUGAGCUCGAGCGCCAGGCGAAAAACUUGGCCAUCCAGUUAGCCAACCAGGAACAAAUGACCAAGAAGUACCACGAGGACAACUUUUCCAUCUCGCAAAAGUUGAACGCGAUGUCCAAUGAGUUGCAGGUUCUGAGGAAUGACGAGGCGGAGGCUAGGCUCGUGGCAAAGAAGGCCGAGAGGGAUGCUCAGGACUGGAAAGAGCAUUCGCUAAAGGUUGAGAAAGAGCUUUUGGAAUGGAAGGACCGGUUCGAC